AGAAGUACAGUUGCUCAGUCUAGUUCGCAUGUCUAAAAUGGCGACGACGCUGUUGAAAAGUGGUGCUGGUAUUAUUCGACGUUCUGUUUUACUGACUGCCGCCAGAGCAUCAUCUGGGCAUGGCGGUGCUCCUGUUGAUCAACAUAAAGGAAAAGUUGCAUCUGAUAAAGUGACCAUGCCAGAUGCCCUUGGUCAUGCUGUAGGACCAGAACGUUUUGAACUGCUUGCCAAGUUAGCUGGGAAUGAGGAUCCUUUUGAGAUGAGUGUGAAGGCACGAGCCAAGGGUACAUUUGAAGAGCCCACCCUAAUUCCAUCAUUGUUUGAAAAGCGACUUGUGGGAUGCAUUUGUGAAGAAGAUGCCCUCAGCAUCAACUGGAUGUAUCUACACAAAGGAGAGCCAAAGCGAUGUGAAUGCGGCUACUGGUUUAAACUCGAAGCAAUGCAGCCCACAGACUACAGUCCAUAAUGGAAAUUGAACCAUUUUAAUCUGUGAAUAUUUUUAUCUGAACAGUAGAACUCCAAUCUAAAUUGACUUUUUUUUUGUUUUAAUUGUUUCUAAAGCUGUGCUAAACACAUAAUAAGCUACUUUAGUUUUACUUGUUGAUUUACAGGCCGAAACCAAAAUUGAAAAAGAAGACGCAGAGCAUAUAACACAACAAAUAAAAUUGAAGUUGCCUCAAGUAUUUGGCAGUACAUCACUAUGUCGCAAGUUUACCAUAUGAAAGACAGCUGUUGACAUGACUGACAUUUACUCGUGUUUGUAACCAUGUGAACAUAAAUUAUGUCUGUGGUGAUUCAUUCCUAGCAUUGAUGGGAAUGAUAUAUAUAUAUAUGUGUGUGUGCAUUGAAACAAAGUUAUUAAAACUAGAAUGAAAAA